GCUUGCGUGUUUGCCAAACAUCACGUAAAUCGGCCCCUCCCUGUCCACCACCGCUUGACACCGACGGAUGCUUCUUUUUGGCUUUCGACCUAACCCGCGAGCUCCCGAAGCCUUCGCCCCAACAUGUGCAACAAGCUCGAACCCGGACAUCGUGUUCCCGCCGAAGAAGCCCAAGGCGGCGAGUCGUGCGACGGGGGUGCCGGAAGCCUGGGACACACCAAAAACGACUUCAGACGGCUAUUAUGUGCCGCGGCCAGCUAUAUUGCCAUUUGCACCUCUGACGCUCUUGCUACAAGAUACGACUUUGGCAAGGCCAUUUCCGAUGUUGCGCCCGAGAACUUGACCAACAUGAGGCUGUUCCCCGGCAUCGUCGCGUCCAUCACCUGGAGCUUUGCCAUCACGUCCGUCAAGGGCUCCUUUGCUUUCCUCUACAUGAGAUUCCUUUCGCACACUGGUCGGCACUGGGUCGUCCCACUGAACAUUACGGUCCUCAUCUUCCUCGCUUGCCAGGCAAUCGAGGUGAGCGUAGUGAUCUUUCAGUGCGUGCCCAUCGAGUCCCAACGGAGGACUGAUAUCGAGGGUGCAAGCUACGGGCUUGCGCCCAUGUGGAUUUGCGAUGCGCUUUGCGUUCAACCUUGCAACGGACCUUGUACUGCUCCUGCAGCCUAUCCCCGCCAUCUAGAGCCUGAGAUUCACGUCAACGGCGAAGAAAGUCGGCAUCAUCGCUAUGCUCUCGCUGGGACUACUGUAAGCGCCCGACUGCUCGCUUCGAUACCUCGUCCUCAAUGUAGAAUAGUGUUCGCUGACCAGACUAUUCUGCUGGCUUGGGACCACAGCAUCUGCAUAAUCUCUAUCAUACGGCUAUUUGCCGUGCUAAAAUUGAUUCGAGGCGACGACGACGCCUACGAGAGGGCCAUUGCGAUAAUAUGGUGUCAGGUCGAAGCCGGAACCCUGAUCAUUUGCAGCUGUGUGCCACACCUGCAUCAAGUCGCGUUCCGCAUCGAGCCGAUACGAAAGCUCCUCAACCUCGAAGCCAGUAGCCACCGGACCUUGGGGCAAGGUGUUGUGACCAAGUCCGCUGAAAGGUGGAGAAGCAGGAUCAAAAAACUUUAAAGGGCUAGGCGCGAGGGGAGGCGAUGUGGCCGGUGAUGAAGAGAGGGCCACAGCCGCAGAUGCCGGCCCUGUCACCAUGGAACCGGCUGCCGCCACCCCUGACGAGCAUAAGCUGCUCGGGAGCUUGCGUUCAUACCGCCAGUCUGCGAUAUCCUCAUUCAAGACUAGGGG